AUGUCACCUCUCCCGCCAAUUGCCAGUGCCAGUGCCAUUAUUGCCAGCACCCAGAGCGACAGCCCUGUCCGUGUCGAGGGUCCCGUACGGUGAGGUGUGUGUGCCCAGGAUUAAUGCUUGCACCUGGUCGUAUCAAAAUGUAGAUGCCAAACCACACCAGAGCAACAAACUUCCUCACCCAACACGCCCUGCACCGGGGAGACGAUGCUCAGCUCGAUACAGUACACCCAGGCACUCGAGAAUGGGCGUCUUCGAAAAAGAAGGAAGAAGCAAAGAAAUACGUCCUGGUGCACUUGCACUUCCCCUUUCAGACGAAGUCUCGGAAUCGCCUCCGGUGUGACCUGCCUGUGGUUCGAUCCGUAUGUAGGGACCAGACCAGUCAACCUCCGUACUCCACCACAGUCCCCUGACAUAUUUCAACGACCAUUCUCUUCCUCUCUCACUCAAACCGAACAACAAUAUCUCAACCAUUAAAUCUUCUUCUUCCUUUUUUCAUGCCUCUGCCUCAAUCCGGGAAAACAGGUAAAUGAUUCUCUAGCCCUUCCACUUGUCCUACCUUCUCGCUGCCCUCACCGGGGAGGGGGAAAAACAGAUGCGGUGGUUCCAAUCAGCUGCGCCAGCCAUCAUGGCAAUGGAAGGGAAGUGGCGGCGUGCAUUGCGUUGCGUGCAUGGCGUCCAUCAAUAUCCCGGCAUGGCUUAA